UCUCAUUAUUAUUCAUUACUCUGUUUUCUUCUUACAGAAAUCGCCUUCAAUUUGGAAGAUAAUUACGAUGUUGGGGGUUUUCAGCAGCUCAAUUGUUUCACCGCCGGAGGAGCUGGUUGCCGCCGGCAGCCGUACGCCGUCGCCGAAGAUCACCGGCAAGUCUCUAAUUAACCGGUUCGUCGGAAACAACUCUGCCGCAGUGUCGAUGCAGAUCGGAGAUGAUGUUAUGUUGGCGUAUACUCACCAGAACGAGUCGAUUACUCGCCCGAGAUCUUUUGCGGUCAAAGACGAGAUAUUCUGCUUGUUUGAAGGAGCCCUUGACAAUUUGGGCAGCCUAAAGCAGCAAUACGGGCUAUCGAAAUCCGCCAACGAGGUCGUUUUGGUGAUCGAGGCGUACAAGGCUCUUCGUGAUCGAGCCCCAUAUCCUAUGAACCAAGUUGUGGGUCAUUUUAUUGGAGAUUUUUCCUUUGUUGUGUUUGACAAGUCAACCUCUACUUUAUUUGUGGCAACUGAUCAACAUGGUAAGGUUCCUUUGUAUUGGGGAAUCACAGCUGAUGGGUGUGUUGCAUUUGCUGAUGAUGCUGAUUUGCUUAAAGUUGGCUGUGGCAAGUCACUUGCUUCAUUCCCUCAAGGAUGCUUCUACUCGACAGCAAUUGGAGAGCUGAGAUGCUACGAAAAUCCCAAGAACAAAAUCACAGCCGUUCCUGCAACUGAGGAAGAGAUAUGGGGCGCAAAAUAUAUGGUGGGAGCCCCGUCGAUGCUAUCGGCCACACAGUAAACAUUUGCAGAGCGACGACGACGACGACGAUGAUGAUUAGAUGUUUGGUUUUAUGGGUUUAGAGGCUGGGGCUGAGGCUGUAGUUUUCAAGUUGUUGUAUGUGUACAGAGACAUGUGUAAUAAAGUUUGGGUAGACUAUGAAUGUAUAAUUUAUGGUUGUUAUCUAUUUGCCUAAGCGUGUGGGCCUGUGGGCUUCACGGUGUUAUUGCAAUUAAAGUAGGAAACUGAUAUAAGUAUAAAGUAUGCAUUGACGUAUCAA